AUGGCUGGUGGUGCUGUUGCCCCCGUCGACACUGGCUACGCCUCCGCUGUGGUCAAGCCUGCCACCGUUAGGCAGUCGCUUCCCGCUAUUCUCGUCGCCGCUGCUUCCGCUUUCGGUGGUGUUCUGUUCGGUUAUGACACCGGUACCAUCUCUGGUCUCCUUGUCAUGGAGAACUUCAAGCAGACCUUCGGUCAGUUCUACCCCGUCAACGUCCCCUCCAACACCACUGGUGCCCCCAAGCCCGGUUACGACUUGAGCACCAGCGACACUUCACUCGUUGUCUCGAUCCUUUCCGCUGGUACCUUCAUCGGUGCCCUUGCCGGUGCUCCCAUUUCCGACAUCCUUGGUCGACGAUGGGGUAUGCAGAUUGCUCUCCUCGUCUUCUGCGUUGGUGUCAUCAUGCAGAUGGCCACUACUGAUCUCGGUGUUUUCAUCGGUGGUCGUGUCAUUGCUGGUCUCGGUGUCGGUAUUCUCUCCACUAUUGUCCCCAUGUACCAGUCCGAGACUGCUCCUCGCUGGAUCCGUGGUGCAGUUGUUUCCGGUUACCAAUGGGCUAUCACCAUCGGUCUCCUUUGCGCCUCGCUUGCUUCUUACGGUACUCAGAACCGCGACAACACCAGCGCAUGGCGUGUCCCCGUCGGUAUCCAGUUUGUUUUUGCUCUCAUCCUUUGCGCUUUCUUCCUUGUCCUCCCCGAAUCCCCCCGUUGGCUCGUCAAGAAGGGCAACCACGAGCGUGCCUCCAAGUCGCUUGCCCGCCUCAACUCCACUGACGUUGACGACCCCCUCGUCCGCUCCGAGCUCUCGGUCAUCCAGACCAACCUUGACAUCGAGCUCACCCACUCCACUGGCUCUUACCUCGACUGCUUCAAGAACAACGAUCGAAAGUACCUCCUCCGAACUUUCACCGGUACCUUCAUCCAGGCCUUCCAGCAGCUUACCGGUAUCAACUUCAUCUUCUACUUCGGUACCACCUUCUCCAAGAACGCUCUUCCCAACUCCGACCCCUUCAUCUUCUCGGUCAUCUACAACGUCGUCAACGUCGUUAGCACUCUUCCAGGCAUGUGGGGCAUGGAGCGCUUCGGUCGCCGCAAGCUCCUCAUCUGGGGUGCCGUCUGGAUGUGCGCCUGUGAGCUCAUCGUCGCCGUUGUCGGUACCGCCGUUCCAUCGACCAACUCCUCCGCCGGCAAGUCGCUCGUCGCCUUUGUCUGCGUCUACAUUGCUGGCUUCGCCUCCACCUGGGGUCCUGCUGCCUGGGUCGUCUGCGGUGAGAUCUUCCCUCUCGCCAUCCGUGCCAAGGCUCUCUCUCUCUGCACUGCCUCCAACUGGCUCUGGAACUUUGCUAUCGGCUUUGCCACCCCUUACCUCGUUCAGUCUGGUCCCGGCCACGCUGGUCUUGGUACCAAGGUCUUCUUCAUCUGGACUGGUACCUGCGCUGGUUGUGCCAUCUUUGCCUACUUUUUCGUUUAUGAGACCCGUCUCCUCUCGCUCGAGGAGGUCGACGAGAUGUACGCCCAGACCAGCGCCAUCGCCUCGUCCCAUGCCAACGCCGAGAUCCGCGCUCGCCGCUCCGAUCUCGAGGGUGGUGUCGUCCCCGUCAAGGACGACGAGCUUGCCACCCACGACGAGAAGAAGUACUAG